UUCGUGCCCUCUUUAAGCUCUGUAGUGCUGCGGAAAACUCCCGGUCCUCGAAGUUGUUUUCUCGUGACUUUGUCUUUUUGCAUCAUUGUAUUGCAGGAGUUGGCAAUAUAGACAUGGGCAACGAGAUGGGUAACAAUAACACAUCUGGUUUAAAAGAAGAAGACAACACAAAUGCUAUAGAUUCAAAAAACUUGUUACUAGAAGCUGAUGAUGCAGAUGAUGUUAAAGUGGAAAAUCAAACAGGUCCAACCUCUCCAGCCAAAGAUUCUUACGAAAAAGUUGCAGGGCUGUCUUCUGAUGAACCAACAGGACCAACAGAUCCUCAUAUUGAAAAUGAAACAUCUGGUGGAAGAGAGCAAGAAGAAAACGAAGUCCAUCCUCAUACUGAACUUUCAAAAACAGUAAUGAAAUCAAUUGAUCCAAGCGAUGAAGACAGUGAGUUCAGACCAACUUCUUCGCAGAAAAAUUCUGAAGUUCAUGAGAAGACAAUAGGGCCAAAUUUGGAUGAUAAUCAAUUGGUAACAAGUGACAUUCAACUUCAGAAGCAAGCUUUCCCAAAUGAAGAGCAAGAAAAAAGUGUUGUUCAAACUCCCACUGAAUCUUUAAGAUCAGUGGUAGACUCAAUUGAAGCAAGCGGUGAAGAUGGUGAAAUCAAACCAGCUUCACCAAAUGAUUCAGAAGUUCACGAAAAGCCGUCAGAUUCACAUUUGGCUGAGAAUCUAUUGGGAACAUAUGACCAUCAGCUUGAGAAGCAGGCUUCCACCUGUGAAGAUGAUCCAGAACCUCGACGAUCUUUAGAUUUAAAGUCCGAUCAACAUGAACUGGACCAAGUCAAUGCUAACCUUUCUGAAGAAGAUGGCAGUGGAUUGCUGCAAGGAAGGGAGGAUAUUCUAGGACCAAGCGUAAAAUGUGCUAAUGAGGAGAAUGGUCACCUUUUAAAUGCUGACAUAUCAAACAAUCUUGGUGUCAGUUCUAGUGCGGAAAAUAAAAGGAGUGACUCGUUAGUAAAAGAAGCAACAUUCAAAGAAGAAAAGCUGCCAUGCGAAGAGAAAAAUGAGAUUAUAAUCGGAAAUGGGGUACGGUUUGAUUUGAGCAAUCUGACAACAACGACCUCAGACCCCCCAAGAAUUAUUAGGAACAAUUGCAAUGGGGAGUUAUCUACUGAGGCUGAUUCAAUUAGGAAUGAUUCCUUGAAGUCAGAACUUGAAAAUGUUGUGCUGGAUAAGCUAUUAAACUCACAUCAAGAAGUUUCUGAACCUGAGGACAAAUGGAUGAUUCUUACUAGAGAAACCAAAAUAGUAGGAAGUGGAUCAGAAAUUGAAGAGGUGUCACAUGAGUCCAAUCUAGGUCCGUUAUGUGAAAACCCAGAGAAAGAACUAAAGACUGAUGAGGCAAAUGAUACCCAAUCAGAGUUCAGGAAGAUUGAGUCUAAAAAUGAGGAGUGCGAAAUGAGAAGUCCGCUUGACAUUUCUACUGAUAUUAGCAGUAUCAAACACUGUCGAAUUGAGGAGGAAAAGAAUGCAGAGAAUGCUUACAACGUCGAAGUAGUUGUUAGAAACCAGAAUAGCACUUUUGAGGGAGGCCACAAGGACUCAGAAGGAGAGCUUCUGGUGGUUUCGGAGGGAUUGGUUCCUGUUCCAGCAGAGUUGAUUUUCACAGAUCGCAGAAGUGAAGAGGAGCAACCAGAGGAGAAGAAAAUUCUGGAAAAAAUAGACGACAAAGCAGAAGCUUCAUUUGCCACUGCAAAGGAUACAUGCGAAAGUGAAACCGCAAAGCAAUGCAUGUCUCAAGCCCCUCUGAUUGACCAGGAAGAAGAGUUUCUCUUACAGUCUCCUGCUUUUACAAUCCAGUCUCAUGAUCACAAUUGGCCUAGUACAGUGGCACCUGAAACUACUCAAAGCACCUAUGAGCCAAAUCCUGAACUGAGGCAGGAAAGCUGCAAUGAACUCUUUGUAGCCCACUUUUCCACUUUCAAUUCCACGAGAUUUACAGCAGAAAAUUUUGUCUCUGCACUUGAGGAAAGUUGCGGAGAACUAUCACAAUGCGAAGAAACAACUCCAGAGACAGUGACAGAAACUACAACUUUGGCAAGCUUGUCCAGUGUACAAGGUAUAAAAACUGAAGGAUCUGCGCUUGUAAAUGGCAGUACUGGCGGAAGGGAAAGUGGGGGAAGGCUUAGCACUGAAUCAAAUCCCGAUUACAUGAACACCCCCCACGUUCAGAUGCGAAAAUCCCCAAGUUUUGAUCUUGAUCUCCGAAUUGAUCAAGCAAGAGGGGAAGAGUCGGAUCAAACCCCACUAUUGUCUCAGGAAAAGGAUACCACGGAGAGUUCAUCAAGCCAGGCUGAUGUUAAUAUUGGAAACUCAGUUGAGUAUGUUGGGUACAAUAAAGACGUGUUACAGUAUGAAUCAAUGGCCGUGGAGGAGAAAGUCAUCAAAUUGGAAAGAAGGGAGUCUGAGAAGUCGAGAACUCCAUUCCUAGGCUUCUUGAAAGAAGAGGAAGAAGCUCGAAUUGUGGUAACACCACAGAAACAAGAAAACAUUGCUGCUGCCGAGAAGGCAACCAGAGAAUUGUGUGACUCAUCUACCAAGGAAGCUGCAUCUGCAUCAACUCUACAUAAAGGUAAAGAGAAGCGCAAACCAAGGUCUUCCUUCUUUGGCAACUGCAUGUGCUGUGCAACUGCGAUUAAUUAAACAUCUUUAAGAAAUUAAUCACUUACUGGUUCUUCUCUUUAAUUUCUUUUUCCGAUUUGUUGGGGUUGGAUUUUCUUUCUGAUUCAAGCUUUCGAAAAAUGGAGUUUUGACCCGCAGACACUGUUGUUCGUUUGUAUAUUGAGAUAAACCAGCAAAGAGUGAGCUCGAGUCCAUCGUUUGUAUUCAUUUUAAUUUUUUUCCACCAUUCCCCACAUUACAUAUACAGACUCAAAAUAGUGUGAUGUAUGGUGUAAUUAUUUUCAUUUUUUUUUUUUUUUUUUCUGUUUGUUGAGGAGAGAUAAUUGGCAUGGUUUGAACAAGAAAUUGUAAUAUUAGGCACCUUUGAUUGCAAG